ACGUUAUUUCAACUAUACUCCUAGGGGGCGUGGUCAGCAUUGCUCUCCAUUAAGUCACGUUAAGUAACAUUUUGUUGCAAUUCCAGUAUUUGAGCCAGUCGUCAAGUCACGUAAAUCGGAGUAUAUUCGAACCCUAUUGAGUGUACACGACGAUUUAUGAAAACAUAUCUUUAGGGAGAAUCGAUUGCUUUUAGGUCCAAAUCAAGAUGUUCCACACAUGUGGACCCAAUGAAGCCAUGGUGGUGUCUGGCUUUGGCCGUUCCCCUCCUCUAAUGAUCGCUGGAGGAAGAGUGUUUGUCCUCCCCUGUAUUCAACAGAUCCAGAGGAUCACUCUGAACACCCUGACUCUGAAUGUGAAGAGUGAUAAGGUGUACACUCGUCAUGGAGUGCCCAUCUCUGUCACUGGCAUCGCCCAGGUGAAGAUCCAGGGUCAGAACAAGGAGAUGCUGGCCACGGCCUGUCAGAUGUUCAUGGGGAAGUCUGAGGCUGAGGUCUCCAACAUCGCCCUGGAAACACUGGAGGGGCACCAGAGGGCCAUCAUCGCCCAUCUGACUGUUGAGGAGAUCUACCAGGACCGUAAGAAGUUCUCUGAGCAGGUGUUCAAGGUGGCCUCCUCUGACCUGGUCAACAUGGGCAUCGGCGUGGUCAGCUACACGCUCAAAGACGUUCAUGACGACCAGGACUACCUCAACUCCCUGGGUAAAGCUAGGACAGCUCAGGUGCAGAAGGAUGCCAGGAUCGGAGAGGCUCAGUACAAACGAGACGCGGUGAUCCGUGAGGCCCAGGCCAUGCAGGAGAAGGUGUCGGCCCAGUAUCUGAAUGAGAUCGAGAUGGCCAAAGCCCAGAGAGACUACGAGCUGAAGAAGGCCUCCUACGACUACGAGGUCAACACCAAGAAGGCAGAGUCUGAGAUGGCCUAUCAGCUGCAGGUGGCGAAGACGAAGCAGCGGAUUGAGGAGGAGACGAUGCAGGUGAAGGUGGUGGAGAGGUCUCAGCAGAUCAUGCUCCAGGAGCAGGAGAUCACCCGCAAGGAGAUGGAGCUGGAGGCCAAGGUGAAGAAGCCUGCUGAGGCAGAGAGAUACCGUCUGGAGAGACUGGCUGAGGCUGAACGUGCACAGCUCAUCAUGGAGGCUGAGGCAGAGGCAGAGUCCAUCAGAAUGAGGGGCGAUGCUGAGGCGUUUGCUCUGGAGGCUAAAGGUCGUGCCGAGGCAGAGCAGAUGGCUAAGAAGGCUGAGGCCUUUAAACAGUACGGGGAGGGAGCCAUGGUGGACAUGCUGCUGGAGAAACUACCACUGAUAGCAGAGGAGAUCAGCAGGCCCCUCUCCAUGGCCCAGAAGGUUACCAUGGUUUCCAGCGGCGGCGGUGAGGUGGGCGCGGCCAAGCUGACCGGAGAGGUUCUGGACAUCAUGACCAGACUACCAGCUGCUGUGGAGAAACUCACUGGAAUCAACAUCUCACAGGUUGGCCUGUCCACCCGAAUGGGCUGAGAAUGGAGCCCAGUGACUGAGACAGUCUGCACUGUCAGACCAGGAACUCCAGACUGCCUCCUUGUGCCUAUAAUUACUAUUACCUAGUGUAGUUGUCUGUCUGCAUGCCUGUCUGCAUGCCUGUGUUAGCACUGUAGUCUUUCUUAGGGCAUGUCUCAGCACUCUUAUUGGCACUGAUCUGGAAACAGAGGAUGGGUCAAAGUUGUAGGCCUACUGUGGGACUUUGUUUCUCCUGGUCAUUCAUAUCUCUGUUAGAUCAGCUUGGAUGAAGGAAAGGAAAGCACUUUGGACUAGCAUGACACAGCCUUAGUAGUUCUGGUAGUAACUAGCCUCUUUUUCCCGUCCGUUAUUCAGUGUGUUUUAAUCACUGCUUCAAGCCUGCUUUUCUGUCUCCCUCUGUUACAGGUUUGGGUCCAUAUAAACUGUUCCACUGUCACAUAGUUGUGUUUUAGUUGUAAUUGAUAGAAUAUUAUUUCAUUGGGAUGUGGUUGAGAAAGGAUGUUUUCAUUCUCAGUGCCUUUUGUUGUUCAUAGGAAAUAAUCGUGUCUGUUUGAGGUCGUCCAUUUCAUUGUUGGGUUUGUCAGCUGAUUGUUUUGUCGACAUUUGCAGUUGUUCUGUAAGGUAGUCUGUCUUGUUCUGAGCAUGGUUGGCUAGCUAGUUGCUAUCAAUUGCUUUGCAAAUGAAGAAGAAAUGCUCUUUACUGUCACUGUGGACAUAUCUUCAUUUCUGUUUUAAAGUCUAAUUAAUCAUAUCAAUACAAGCCAUAUUACAGUAGAAGCCAAGUUGCAUACAGAUAAUGCUGAUUUGUGUUUUUUUUUUGCCAUGACUCUGCCAUUUGUGUGGGAUGAAAUCACAAACUAUAUGAUGGGUUGACACUAAACCUCUUCUCUCUGUUGGUACAAUACUGGCAUAGACACAAUCGAUGGAGUACUGAAUUUGAUGGUACCUAAUCUCAUUUUCCAAAGCAAAAAAAAGUAAGGAACUACAGAUUCUCUGUUACUAUAGUGUUGUUUAUCCAACAGACAGAUUGUCAUAUACACCAUUAUGGCUUAGUUCCAGUGUGUUUUUAAACUUAUUAGACAGACAGGCCUUAGAUCUGAGCUUCUACUGUGCUGAAACUGUAUAAAGGCUGAGAUUUUCUGUGAAGUGAUUGGAAGGAAGGAAGGAAGGAAGGAAGUGGGUGGGAGGAGGGAGGGAGCAGACUGGGGUUUUCCUGCUGAAGACUAACCUCAGAAGUCUCUUUAUCUAGGUCUGGCGUACUGUCAGUCACGUGGUGCCUGGUGGAUGUGCUGUUUGAGGUGUAGUUAUGUGUGUAGGAGGGGAAUGGCGAAACUAGCCUGGGUGCCAGUCUGUUUCUGCUCUCUUGUCAACUCCUUAUCGAAUUGUCAUGCCAAACGUGUUUCCCUUGACAAUGUCAAUGGAACAGGCAAAAGCACAAACAGACCUGGGACCAGGCUACAGACACGACUGUUGUGGAGUUCCAUGUUUGGUCCAGUGGGGUAUACAGGGACCUUCUGUAGACUGGAGUAGACAAUAUACAUUUUAAUCAGAUGUGUUGAUUAAUCAGGAGCUAUCCUUUUGUAUCGUAAUCUUAUCAUUAGACUGGUCUAUUUUUCCAGAUUUUCUAUGUGGUGCUGAUCACAUCCCUGUUUGAUCCUUUUUGUAGUAUAGGGUUGUUGUUAGGGACUGGUUCUAUACCAUAGAAAUAGAAUCCUUCUAUGUUCUAUAUCACCGCUCAGGAUUCUAGAAGCUACUUCUCUCUAGCUGAUUGCAUUUCCCAAAGCUUACAUGCUCUCUGGCUGUCUAUGCAUUUUGUUACCGUCAAGUGCCUGACUAAGUUGAAAGUUUGCCAUUUUUCUCUCAACCUAAAGGCUAAACUAUCACCCCAGGUUAAACAUUGUAACAACCUAUAGAGGCAUGCUAUGUUCUAAAGAUAUUAAUGAAAGCCAAUUUUGCCAAACCAAUACUACUGCUUUCACUUAUGCACACACCUGUAUAUUAUGUCAUAAUGUCAAUGAUUUGUGACUUUUAACCUUUUUCUGUACUGUAGCUGCUCUUAGUUAAAUAUGAUUUCUGUGAUUGUAUUUCCGUCUAUGCUUCGUUGACUUGCCAAGAUAAUGCCUGGCCUUCCAUGUACAGUGGCUUGCGAAAGUAUUCACCCCCCCUUGGCAUUUUUCCUAUUUUGUUGCCUUACAACCUGGAAUUAAAAUAGAUUUUUGCGGG